AUGCAUCAAAGAUAUGCUUACAUGAGCAGCUGCACCCUCAUCGAUCUUAGUGUUGUUAAAAGUGUCAAAGAGGGGCGUAUCUUUAAGCAGAGUAACAAAAUUGCGCAAUAUUCUUUAGAAAUUGUUUACGAUGCGUUUCUGCAUCUGAAGAACGCGUCUGACCCAGUGGAGCUAAAGGCAUUUGUCGAUAUGCAUUUUUCCGAACCAGGAAGUGAGCUACAGGAUUGCAUUCCAGUGGACUGGCAGAGGGAGCCGAAGUCGUUCACCUUCAUUAAGGAUAUGCGAUACAGGUUGUGGGCUUAUGACAUUCAUUUGAAGUGGAAGCAUCUGUGCAGACGAGUAAAAGACAGUGUUCGAAAAAACGAACAACUUCAUUCACUUAUUCCUGUACCGCGGCAGUUCAUCGUACCUGGUGGUCGAUUUCGAGAAUAUUAUUAUUGGGAUUCGUACUGGAUCAUAAAAGGCCUCCUGUUGUCUGGAAUGAACAUAACCGCGAGACACAUGAUAGAAAACCUUGCGUACAUGAUUGACAAGUUUGGAUUUGUUCCAAACGGCGGGCGAAUAUAUUACAAAAAUCGAUCCCAUCCUCCCAUGCUGGCUAUGGCCGUACACGCGUAUUACCUGGCCACGUACGACUCUGAUUUCGUGAAGACGUUGCUGCCUACCAUCGAAAGGGAAUUAAAAUUCUGGGAUCGCAACCGGUCGGUGACUGUGCGAACGAAAUCUGGGGCUUUGGCGGCUCUGUACCAGUACAGAGUGGAAGCAGGCUAUCCACGCCCUGAAUCAUACUGGGAAGACGUGCGGACGGCAGCUGCCCAAAAAACAGAGAGAGACAAAGCGAAGCUUUGGUCCAACAUCGCAUCUGCCUGCGAAUCAGGCUGGGAUUUCAGCUCCCGAUGGUCAGGCAGGAAGCAAGACUUUACACUGGACAGCAUCCGUACGUCGGAGAUUGUGCCCGUGGAUCUGAAUGCGCUGAUCUGCGGCAACCGACACAUUUUGUCGAAGCUUUUCGCCGUCGCCGGCGACGACGUGAACGCCAUGAAAUACGAACGCCAGUUUCAGCAGGCGACGGCUGCCGUCGAGGAUGCGUUCUGGGACUCGUCGCACGGCGUAUGGCAUGACAUCAACCUGGCAGUUCAGCAGAGAACGACAGAUUAUUACGCGUCUGACUUCUUCCCUCUGUUCACCGGCUGCGUUCGGCACAAGAAGGACAUCGGCUCGUGGGACCAGCCGAACAGCUGGCCGCACCUCAAUCAUGUGCUCAUCGAGGGACUGCGCUCGACAGACGAGCCGGUGGCCAAACAGCUGGCGUUCAAGCUGGCUAAGAAGUGGCUCGAGACCAACUACAUCGUCUACAUUCGCAGUGGCGGCAAGAUGUUCGAGAAGUACAAUGUGUUUACUUGCGACACUGCUGGCAGAGGCGGCGAGUACGACGUUCAAGAAGGGUUCGGCUGGACCAACGGCGUGGUACUUGAUCUGCUGCUGACGUACGGUAACGUUCUAGAGGCUCCAGCUGUACCGAUGUAG